AUGUCCGCUACCAUCGCAACCAAUCUACCAAUCCCACAGUCGGCUCCGCAACUGCCCGACCACGUGCUGGACAUGUUCUCGCUCAAGGGCAAACUCGCCUCCGUGACCGGCGCUUCGUCGGGCAUUGGAUACGACGUGGCCGUCGCCUUUGCCCAGGCCGGCGCCGACGUCGCAAUGUGGUACAACUCCAACCCUCACAUCACCACCGAGGUAGAGGCGCUGUCCAAGAAAUACAACGUCACCGUACGCGCGUACAAGUGCUCCAUGACCAGCUCGAAAGACGUUCGUACCACGGUAGAUCAAAUCCAAGCCGACUUCGGCAAUAGGGGCAUUGACAUCAUGGUUGCUAACGCCGGAGUGGCUUGGAGCGAAGGCUCGUUGCUUGGGAUGCUGACCGGACCCGAGGCGGACGAGGACCGCUGCGACGCAGAGUGGAACAAAGUGAUCGACGUGGAUCUCAACGGUAUUUACCGUGUCGCCAAGAGCAUCGGUCCCGUGUUCCAGAAACAGGGCCGCGGGUCGUUGAUCGUGACGGCGUCGAUGUCCGGUCACGUGGUCAACGUCCCCCAGAUGCAGGCUGCGUACAACGCGGCGAAAGCCGGCGUGCUACAUCUGUCCAAGUCGCUUGCCGUGGAAUGGGCCGGUUUCGCGCGUGUCAACUCGGUUUCGCCCGGGUACAUUUCGACAGAGAUCACAAGCUUCGCCGAAAAAGACCUCAAGGACAAGUGGCACAAGCUUACACCCAUGGGCCGCGAGGCGUUGCCUCGCGAGCUGAUUGGCGCGUAUUUGUACCUGGCCUCCGGCGCUUCUACAUACACGACCGGUACAGACAUCAUCGUGGACGGCGGGUACUGCUGCAUGUAA